AUUCCGCCCAAAGCUUCUGCUUGUCCACACAAAAAAAAAAAAAAAUUCUGAGAAAUAUCAUGCUGAUGAGAUUUUCUGGGUUUCCUGUAUGUGACAACAAUUUCCGCCAGACAGGUAGUCCCGUAAAUUGAAAUCUUUCCGGGGACGGAAAAGCAAAAGAAAUGAGUCCGAGCCGAUUGGAGCAGCUCAAAGCACCGAACUUGGUGUCAUUGCCGGAAAAAACCAAACGUAAUUUAUUGGUUCGGUGCAUGCGCGUGGGCCUCAUUCUCUCUCUGAUCGCUUCAAUCUCACUCGCCCUGAGCUUCGCCUUCUCUCCCCAAUCCAACUGGUUCCCCAUCCUGGACCGAAACCGAGCCCGCACCGCCGUCUCCGCCGUCUUCUCCACCACCACCGAUGACAGCGAACUACCCACCGACAUCUCCCACAUUCUGUUCGGUCUCGGCAGCUCCGUCGACAAGUGGCGUGACCGGUGCCCCUACUCCGAAACAUGGUGGAACUCGAACACCACACGCGGUUACGUCUGGCUGGACUCGAAGCCGGAGAAUGACGUUUCAGCUUAUAUCCCGUACCGGGUGUCGGAGAACUGGACCCAGUUCAGGUACGUGCACUCCCAGUCGGAGGUCCGGAUGGCCCGGAUCGUGGUGGACAGCUUUAACCUCCGGCUGCAGAACGUGAGAUGGUUCGUUAUGGGAGACGACGACACGAUCUUCUUCCCCGACAACUUGGUCUCGGUGCUAUCACAGUACGAUCAUAACCAGAUGUACUACAUUGGCGGGAACUCGGAGAGCGUCGAGCAGGACGUGAUGCACGCGUACGACAUGGCGUUUGGCGGCGGCGGGUUCGCCAUCAGCUACCCGCUGGCGGCGCGUUUGGCGGAGCUGAUGGACGGCUGUUUGGACCGGUACUUCAAUAUGUACGGCUCUGAUCAGAGGGUGUGGGCUUGCAUGGUCGAGAUCGGUGUGCCUCUCACGAAGCUGAGUGGGUUCCACCAGUUUGACAUCAGAGGUGAUCCGUAUGGUGUUUUAGCGGCUCACCCAUUGGCACCACUGCUUUCCCUUCACCACAUUGACGCCUUGGAACCCAUUUUCCCCGACCAGACCCAUCUAGACUCCGUCAAGUCCCUCGUCCAUGCAUACCGAGUUGACCCGUCCCGGAUCCUACAACAGAGCUUCUGCUACGACCGGAGGCGCCAAUGGACAGUGUCCAUUUCAUGGGGCUACACCAUUCAGCUCUACCCCUCAAUGGUGUCGGCUCUUGAACUUCAGACGCCGUUGCAGACGUUCAAGACGUGGCGGAGUUGGACUAAUGGACCCUUCACGUUCAACACCCGACCCGUGAGCUCCAACCCGUGUGAGCAGCCAAUCACUUAUUUCUUGGAGGAUGUUAAGGACGGAAAUAGUGGGGAUACUUUGACUACUUACAAGAGGUUUGUGAGUGAUAAAGGGAAGAAAUGUAAAAGAGCAGACUAUGCCUAUGCAAUGGCAAUGCAGAGGAUCGUAGUCGUUUCAAGGAAGAUGGACCCUCAGUACUGGACAAAGGCUCCGCUGAGACAGUGCAGCGAGAUUGAGAAUCGUGAAAGCGUAAGUGGCGAAACGAUGCUGAUUAGAAUUAGGAGAUGCACACCCUCGGAAUCUAUAACAAUAUAGAGGGUUAGUCAGCAUGGAGAGCUGGGAGGU